AUGAAGAGCUCAUGGCCUGAAUUGGUGGGGAGAAGAGGAGAAGAAGCAAAAGAGAUCAUCGAUAGAGAGAACACCAAAGUGACGGCUAUGAUUAUAUCUGAAAAUGCGGUUGUUUUGACCGUUGUGGUAUGCGAUAGGGUUUAUGUUCGUGUCAAUGACCACGGCAUUGUCACAAAAACCCCGGUCGUUGGGCAAUUUAAUGAUACAUGUGUGUAAGAAUCAGUGUGGAACUUAAUAUGUAAUGUAAGCCCUUUAAAAAAAAAACAUAAUAAUUUAUCUGUGAAAUAUAUACGAUAUACUUGUUGCGAGUGUUGUAAUAAAGAAACUAGGCAUAUAUAUAAUAUAUGCCUCGAUUUGUAUGUUUUUAUAAUGGUCAAAUAGUUAUAGUUAACUAA